CCUGAAGUGCAUGGUUAUGUUGGUGAAGGGCUCAUAAUUCAAGUGGCCAGACUGUGUACCAUGGCAGACUUUUACCAUCCAGAUUCACAAAUCUCCUCAUUACAAGAGUAUAUUUGUUCUUUGAAUCUUUCCACUCUUCCCAGGAUUCUGGAGAUCCAUUCUGGAGUGUAUUUCCAAGGUUCAGUCUAUGAAAUAUCAGGAAAUGAAUGUUCCUUGUCAACAGGGGAUCUCAUUAAAAUAAUACAGGUCGAGCUCCAGAAGAUUGUCUGUGAAAAUAUGGAUAAUAAAUACAAAUUUGAUCUAUCAUUAGACUAUUCAGGACACUUCAAGCUUCUUCCCGAUGGAUACCCUUACACAUCAGUCGAGGAAAUCAUUAAAUCAUUAGAAACUGAAAAUCAGAAUUCAGAAUUGAUCACCUUUCAGUCCCUUACAGAUAUCAUCACAAAUGAUUUUGUCAUUGGAAAGGGAAACCCCAUAACAAUCACAUCAACUGAGUUUCGUGAGGAUCAGGAAUAUGUAAAUUGUAUUGUGGAUGGUGAUUCUGAGCAGGUCCAUGUUACACUGCCCUUUGCUUUGAAAGGGGAGUUUUAUGAAUGUGAAGACAACAAGGUGUAUACUAUUAAGGACAUUAUCGAAUCAAAACUUCUGACAAAAAGAAGAGUGAGGCUUGCUGACACGAAGGAUGCCUGCAUGCCAAGGCAUUUUCAGGGUGCAUUAGUGCUGUCACCUGUGUAUGAAGUUCAAGCAAUUAUGCACUACAGAAAAGAGAUUGUGAAAAUACCCUCAACUCUGGAAGUUGAUGUAAGGGAUGUAACAGAGGAGCAAAAAGAUAUCACGUUCAUCAAACCAAUGUCAUUGUCCGAUAUUUUAAACCAAUCACAUGAUCAAUUUCCAAUGUUGGUCAAAAUCCUGGAUGCCCCAGAACAGCAGUCCCCCUUUAAAGGUGAGUGGUUUCACUCACUGAGAAAGGGUAGAAUUCUGAAAAUUUACAAGAAAGAGUUGCUGAAGAAAGUCCUUGCAACAUCCAUGCUCAACAAAGUGAACCGGCAUUUCUUAAUCUCCGUAAACUACAAAGGAACCUUCAGACGGCGGCCUAGAGAGUUUGUGACCGUGUUUGAUCUUUGCAAUGCCAUUAGCCAAGACAGCCAUUUGAAUGUUGUGGUAACAAGAGACUGCAUGUGGAAUGAAGAUGGAUUUUCUUCUCUAUGUGUGGGUGACCGCUUAGUCACCAUGUUUAGGACCACGACACAAAUGACCAUUGAUGGCGUAAUUCAAAAUGUUGACAUGCUCAUGUGCAAUAAGAUCACCGAGGAUGAGGAUGAGGAUGAGGAUGAGGAUGAGGAUGAGACUCUGAUGCUUCCCUUGUACCUCGAGGGUCAUUUUGUGGAAGAUGUCCAUGACACCAAGAGAUACAAAAUCUUGGAAAUAUGUGAUAAAUUCAAACUACCUUUUCAAGUAAAAGUCACAUCAAAAGAUCCUACGUUACCAAAUGAUAUCUUAACAGCAUUCCCAACAAUUAAAUUGGAGGAAAUAAUUAUGGUACCUAAUUUGGUUGUCAGUUUCCAUGAACAGCCUUCUGAGUGUUUCUCAAUUCCAGUCGAAUGGAUGACUAUGACUGUCUGUCAUCUAGAAGACUCUCCUGAGGAGGACUGUAACCUUAAAAAUGCAGCCUCAGUGGAUGAGUUGACUGAUUUCAUGUACUAUAAUCUGCGGAAAUGUUCUUCUCCAAAUCUGAGUCCACCACCUCGACCACCCAAAAGACUAAGCAAAGAUACUGUCUUGUCAGACUCCACUCCAGUUCAAGCCCCUUGUCGUUCUCCUGUUCCAGGUUAUAAACAGCAACAACCACCUUUACCCCCUAAGGGAAUUCCUUUGCCCCUAAAACGUGACAUCAACAAAAAUGAAGCAAAGCGACAAAGUUCAAGAAAACCCUUUUCCAUACAACCUGUACAAGUUGCUCCUAAUGAAUACACAAAAAUGCAAAAAGGGAAUACAAAGGUGUCUCCUGUACUCCCUGAAAAGCCAGAUGAUGACAGCGACCAUGACUAUGAACAGAUUGAAGAAGGACUUUCCCUGAUGGCUUUGCAGAAAACAAAAAGAUGGGCAUUUUAGUUCUCUUAAAACAAGCUCAGCUGCCUGACUGGAAUCAAGGAUAUAAAAGCUUGUUCUGGAAUUUACUUCUAGCUGACGGAAAACUUAGCUUCGUUGAUAAGAAAUUGUUCAACCCCAAGUAUCACAAAAGAGCUACUAUUUUGAAAAGAAGUGAAGACAUUUUUGUGGAAAUGGAUCGAGAAAAAAAAACUCACUCCGGAACUUGGUUACAGAUUUAAAUGGUGACAGAUCAGUACAUUAAAAAUGAAAAUUAUCCUGGUGAUUCUUCCUGCAAACGAAAACACAUUCAUCAGUUGCAUGCAUACAGAUGGCAGUACAGCAACACAUCAUAUUAUUAUUUUAAUCUAUUAAAAAGGAACAUUGAGAACAUUUUAAUAUUUACUUUGUUUCAAAAUGGAUGGCCACGUAAUGGGCUGAAUCUACUCAGUCAGAAGCAAAUUAUGAUACUGCAGUUCUGUAGUCCACUAUAUCCAGUCUUGAAUGACGACAAUCAAAAGCUAGCGAGAAAAAGAAUCUCCAUAAGUAUCGUCACACUCAAUGGUGAGGGAGCCCAGCACAUCAAUGCAAAAUCAUAGCAUUUGCAAUUAUCUUCGGCCAGAAUAGCUGACUGGAUCAUUCAUCUCACCCUUUGCCUGACGUAUCCAGCAUCCUAGAUGAUAGUGUUUAGCCAAUUUGAUCCACUGAACGUGAUACAAAUGGUAUGAUUGCAGCCGUUGUUAAUAUCCGACAAGUCAGAUCCUAGACACAAACCUGGCCUGAUAGAUCAUAUUCUGAUUUGUAUUCGCAUUAACAAAGGGGCCUUUUGCUGAAACAUAAGCAUGCAAGACUGCAGACUUUGCUUUAAUAAUUAAUACAGAAGUUUAUAAUAAAGGAAUGAAGAAAAAUAGAAUAAUAAUUUAAACUACGCAUAAUAUAAUUUCAAGGAUUUUAAAACACAUAAUAGAAGUAUAAUGCAAUUAAUCCCAAACAUUAUAAAUUGAAAGGGGUUCUCCAGUAUCUGCAUGGGCUUUCUCCGCACGCUCUGGUUUACAGCCACAAUCCAAACAUGUGAAGGCUAGGUGACUGCAUGCUAAAUUGUUCUGUAGUAUCCAAGGAUGAGCAGGUCAAGUGGAUUAACCAUGGUACAUGCAGAGUUACAGUGAUGGUGGGGGAGGGCUAGGUCAACGUGGGAUGUUCUUCGGAGAAUCAGUGCCAACUCAAUGGGCCAAGUGGACUGCUUCUGUAUUGCAGAUUGUAUGAAACGAAAUAAAACAGAUUUUGCAUUGUACCCAAAA